AUGUCGGGAUCACAAGCUAACAAAGCGGAGACGUUCCUGAACUCGUUUCUUUGGCUGUUUUUUGAGCCUGCUCAGCCGUCUCUGCCGCUCCGUUUCGCAUCGCUGCUGCAGUCCUCCACCAACUCCGUGUCCGAGCACCAUGGCCCGCUCCCGGCGCUUUCACUGAGAGACAUGGAAGCCAAACAGCACCCGAUAAAGAGCCUCAAAAGCUACCCGGAAACAGGCGGCCGGAGCCUGGCAGCGGCAGCCGGAGGAGACGGAGAAGGAGGCGGCGGCGGGUAUCGAGUCGGCUCGGCUGAAAUGGAGAUGGAGGCGAAGAUCCAGAAAGCCAUCGACUUCAAGGUGGAGGGUCACCGCUGCUACAAGGAGAAAAAAUUUCGGGAAGCGAUCGGCAAGUACCACCGGGCGCUGCUGCAGCUCAAAGGGGUGCAUGUUGUCGACGGGACGACGGGCUCAGAGGUCAACCUGCUGAACCAAGCCGCGGCCAAGCUGACCGAGGAUCAGCGGAGAGCCGUGGAGAGCACCGAGAUCGAGUGCUACGACAGCCUGACAGCGUGUCUGUUGCAGUCAGAGCUGGUGAACUAUGAGAGGGUGAAGGACUACUGUCUGAAGGUGCUGAGCCACCGCAGAGACCACUUCAAGGCCAUGUACCGAGCCGGCAUCGCCUUCUAUCACCUGGGGGACUACGAAUGUGCUCUACGCUACCUGCGUGACGCCAAGAACCGCGAACCCACAGAUACCAACGUGCUGCGGUACAUCCAGCUGACAGAGAUGAAGAUGAGCAAGAGUGGUCAGCGGGAACGAGAGAGCGGCAAAGAGACGCAGGGCUAA